AAACUUCAGAGUGCUUUUGGAUUUUUGGAGUUUGCAUUGAAACAAGAAGUAGAAGAAAUAUAACGAUAUCUCAAAAUGUUUGAAGAAACAAAUUCAAACGCAACAAUUAAAAUGGAACCAGUCGAACAUCCGCACGGAGAAGAGGAAUUUGAUGGUUAUGAUGAUAUGCAGGAAAAUGAUGAGGUAUAUCUACAGAGAUUUAUAAAAUCUGAAAUAAUAAUUGAGGAAGAGAUGGAACAAGAAACGUUUGAUGAUGCAUCAAAUUCAGAUGAAGAAACCUGUUUGGAUAUGGACACAAUAUAUCUACAAAGAUUCCUAAAAUCUGAGGUAACCAUAGAUGAAGAUAUAAAACAGGAUGUAAUCCAUAAUCAAGACACUUUUGUAAACGACACAAAUUCAGAUAAAGAUUAUUGUAUCCAAAAGGGUGUUAUAUAUUUACAGCAAUUUUCAGAAUUUGAAAUGAAAUUUAAUGAAAAAAUGUUGCAAGAAAGUUGUGAUGAUCGAGACGAUGAUACUAGUAUAAAUGACACUGGUACAGAUUCAGAUGAUAUGCAAAAUAAUGUAAUAUAUCUAGACCAAUUUUUAGAAUUUGAAAUAAAAAUGAAUGAAAAAAUACAGCAAGAAGCUACUUAUGAUCUAGAUGCUGAUGAAAUGAGUUUCGAUCUGGAAUUUAAUUCGAUCAGUCAUGUAGCGGAUGAUAUAAGUGAAUGCAACCAAUUUUUAGGAAGAGUUUUAUAAAAAUGUAGAACUACAUGCAAUUUCAAACAAUCUAAUAAGUGUGAGACAUGCAACAAAACUUUUUAUAAGACAUCAAAGCCAUUAUAAGACUUAAUCCAUAAUCAAGACACUUUUGCAAAUAACACAAAUUCAGAUAAAGAAUGGUGGAAUAAAUGAAUAAAAAAAUACAGCAAGAUAUAUAUAAUCUAGAUACUGAUGAAAUGAGUUUUAAUCAGGAACUUCAUAUAGCGGAUGAUAUAAGCGAAUGCAACCAAUUUUUAGGAAGAGUUUUAUAAAAACGUAAAACUAUCUUCUGUAAUGUAAAUGUUCUGUAAUUUGACUAACCUCAUAAAUGUGAGACAUGCAACAAAACUUCUCAUAAGAAAGAUUCACUCAAAAGGCAUCAAAUGAUCCAUUGUGGGGGUAAUUUUAAAUUUACACCUUUUAAAUGUGAGACUUGUGAUAAAGCAUUCAAGAUAAAUCGGACAAAUUCAUACUGGAAACCUACUUUAUGAAAUAUGCAAUAAAAUAUUCAGGAACUAUGGCCCUGUUAAUUCAACAUGAAAUGAUGAUAUGGAUUCAUACAAGAAAACAUCCUCGUGGAUGUUGAUUAUGCAAUAAUCAUUUGCAUAUUUAAUCAGCUGAUUGUAUAGCCUAGGCUAUUUAAGAUAGUUUAAGUUAUCAUCAUAAUUAAAGUCAUUAUAAGAUGUAAUCCAUAAUCAAGACACUUUUGUA